GCCUAUCCAUGGUUCUGUUUGUAAUUUACAGUGUCUUAUGUUUGAGUCAUUGGUGUUUUUCUAUGUUCUUUUAAAGUGCAGUGAAGGCUCCUUCAAGUUUGGUUUUCGUUUCUUUCUAGCUUUAUGCUUAUGUGAUUUCCUUUAAAUGCUUUGUCAUAAUUCUAUGAGACAUGUUUUUCAAGCUAGUACUUGUUUCUGUGGAAUGACAGGCUAAUACUGCAAUAGGUGGCAUUGGGUAGUUACACCAAAAAAGAGUAAAAACUACUUGAGUCAGACAAUACAGGUAUAGCAUGACAAAUAUGUUAGUCUGGGUCAGUGACUGAACCCAAGGUUGCCUCUCAGAAGUGCAUGAUUGGCACUUCAGCCCUUAAUCUUAGAGGUCCUCCCAUAGUAGUCGGAGGAGAAAGGAUGGAAACCUUAGGUAGAAACAACAUUCAUUUUACCAUCAAAAUGCAGUCCUAUAAAUCUGACUUUAGGGCUUAUGCACUCAGAUUUUAAAUGUUGUGGCUCCAACAUGCUGGUUCAGUGUAAAUUCACUCAGCCCUCUCAGGGCUGUUCAGGUACCUUUGAUGGGAUCUCUGCAAGCCAGGGUGCUGUGUGUGACAGGGGAGAGCACACCUCAGGAAGCUAAAACUGCCAAGGGCAUCUUGGUCUGGGCAGGCUCGUGUUGAGGAGGAGUUACAAAGGUUGGAGUCUUGCAGUUGAGAGCUGAGAAGCAUGAGGGUGAGCCAUAUAAAAUUACUCAUACAAUGGGGUAGGGUUGCAAAAGACAAAACACAGCCACUAAUGUUGUUGAGAGUAUUUACAUUUAUGGAUGAAAGUGCAUCUCUAUUUGUGUAUUUUGGAUGUCAGUAAUUUGUUUAACUUGUCAAUGGUGGGAUUUAUUUACAAACCCUUUGAACUGUGAGUGCAUACAUGCUGUUGCUCUGAGACUGCUUUUGCUCAAUGUACAGAAAACAUCAGUAACUGCAGUAUUUUGGAGUUGUGCCUCAAGGAUACAAUCAGUAUGGAAAUGUGGCGACCAGUGAAAAUAGUUCUAUCUGUAGACAAAGUGAGCAGGUGCUGUUUGAUAUAAUUUCAUUUUUACUUGACUGUUUUGAAAUGUGCUAACCUCAGACCUUAUGUAAUCACAUUUUCUAUAAGUAGUCACCUUAUUUCUUAACAAGCAUUGGAACUCCUGAGUUCAGUCAAAGAGUUAAGAAGAGUCAAGAAAGCAAUAAUUAGGUAACAGUUUUUUAAAUUUUUUUUUCACCAAGAAAAAUCUCAACUAAGUAACACAAUGGCAGCCUUAAAAAUUAAUUUGCUAACCUGUAUCAAAAUCACAUGGAUUCCAAGGACAGGCUUCUGAAUAAUUUGAAAUGUUGAUUAAUACUAGUUUGUUUUAUUUUUCAGGCUUUAGAAAGGAUGCGUCCUUACCUGUGUGACAAAAUCAUAGCCGAGAGACACUUUGAUUACCUACGUUCUAAGAAAAUACUCACUAGGGAGGACACAGAAGAAAUUUCUGCUCGAUCUUCCAGUAGGAAAAAAACUGGGAAGUUACUGGAUUACUUAGCAGAAAAUCCAAAAGGACUAGAUACUUUGAUUGAAUCUAUCAGACGAGAAAGAACACAAAACUUCCUGUUACAAAAGAUAACUGAUGUAGUGUUGAAAGUCAAAAAUGAAAAGCUCGAAGCUCUUAAAGGUCUAAGCUGCAGCACCUGUAUGACCUCACUGUAUGGAGGAACAAAUAAUCUUUCUAGAUCGUUUUCUGAUGAAUCAAAUUUCUUUGAUAAAACAAAAGACAAGGAAUCUACCCAGAUACAUCACCCAGAGGAAGAUUAUAGCACCGCUGCAUUUGUGUCUGCUGUCUCUCUUCAUUCAAUGAAUUUACCAAUUGCAGAGAUGGGAAAUUCACAGUGCAGCGUUUUCUCAGCCACCCUCCCAGGGCCUGGAGACCCUGGUGCACCCCCACUGCCCCCAGAGCUCGAGUCAGACCAGCAAGAGCCAUGUACUAGUUCAAGUGACAAUUGCUUUUUGCCUUUAAGGUCACGUUCUGUUCAGCCACAAUGAACACAGUGACUUUCGUAUGUUCAUCUGAAUGGUACUGAAACUUUGUGUGAUGUCUCAUAAAGGCUAAAAAUGUUUUCAAACUGUUAGAAAAAUUAGAGGAAAUAAUCUAUGCAAUUUCUGGUUUAAUUUUGUAAUUGUAUGAUGCUGGAGCUGCUUGACUUUUUUUUGUUUGUUUUAUUCUUUAGGGAGCUUUUUUCAAAAUAUUGUGGCAUUACACCAGCAAAUGCUUGAUUUUUAAACCAAUGUGUAAAAGAUUUCACAUUUAGUUGUAGAUAGUUUAGCUGGAAUGACAGAACAAAUGGGGUUUUUCUUUCUACAGAAACUAACAAAUCAGCUUUUCUUGUUUUCUUCACGUUUCUGUGAUGGUGAACUGGGAAAGAUGGUUAGGAAAAGUACUGAGUAUGGGAAAAAAAUCUGAACUAAAAGCUUAAGCUUACUUACCAAAAAGCUUAAACUCAUUUAAGUUAAAUGUUUCUCACUGGGAUAAAUUCUGCUCUCCAUGUAUGUGUGUGCUGCUCCAUUUGCAAAAAACCUCACAAAUCUGGCCAAAUCCAUGCUUAUUAGCAAAGAGUCUUCUCCUUGUGUGAACUCUGUCCUACUGAUAAAUCAAAAGGCAUCAGUAUCGCAAAUACGCUUCUGCAGGCCUUGGCAUAUUCUUCUUGUAUAUUAGUUAAAGAUUCCUGAUUUGAGAUGCACUUUAAAUAUAAAUUCUCUUUAGUACUGGAAAAGGAAUGUAGACUGCUCUAGUGGCAUCAUGAGGGCUGUAAGAAAACAUUAUUGUAGGAUGCUAUUAAGGAACAAAGCUUGUAUGCUUUGUCCCCCUUGGGAAGUGGAGGAGAAGUUGUGUGACAAGGAAGUAUCCCUACCUGAAGGACUCUUGGAAACAGAGCACUUCAGAUACCUCCUCUUCAAAGCAGACAGACAGGUUUACAUUUCAAAUUGUUUGGAGUCAAAUGCAUUUUAAACUGUUUCAACAUGGGAAGGUUCUCAUUUCUUGCCACCAUGUAACAUCCUGAUUUCCUCUCAUACUCGAAUUGUAGCCUACCUUUUGUGCAGGUGCCUAUUAUCAUUUCAAAAUGACCUGGUGGAUUCUUAAUUUGACAUGUGUACAGUUGUGUUCUGCAGCAGUACACUUCAAAGUGAUGGGAUGUUUUCAGUAUAUCAAAGGGUGGGUUUGUAUUUAGGGCCCUAAAUUAUUUUGGCUCUCAUACUGUGUUAUAGCCAUGUAAUGCUGUUCCAGUGCACACACGGGUAAUAUUACUAAACUGUUCUCCUCUUGUGGAGACAGGCCA